AGAACCUGGUGCAUAAUUCAAGUUGGCCACUUUGGUCCACUGAUCUUUCAGCCAAAGUGCGGCCUGGGAUCAAGGCUAGGGUAGCGCAAGUGUUCACAAGUGGCGAAGCAGCACCCCUAUAAAUUACAAGUUCAAGGGCUUACCUACCUACCUAGUACCUAUAUGUCUAGGACAGGAUGGGAGCUUCAAGAAUAUGGUGUCUACUACGUAUCCGUCUAGUGUUUGCUACGGUCACACUAAUAAUAUUACUAGCUUGUUCAUGGCAAGCGAAAGCCUCACUGACAACAUCUCCAUCCACUGUGGCUUGUCCUGAUGACACUGUCACCUUCACCUGCACUCUGCCUGGUAGUCUCAUACGAUGGACGGUGUUUGCUGCAAUGGCUGCUCCACAAGGCCGGAUAGAGUUGUUCAGAAUCAAUUUGAUUCCCAACACCAAUAUUAAUGAGACAGGAGGUGAUCCAGCAUUUCGUGGUGUUCUCACUGACUCCAGUGGACCCCUCACUGCCACUCUCACCUCACUGUCUGAGGCCUCCAUUGUGGAGGGUACUAUGGUGGAGUGUGAUGGAGAGAGCUCACAAGAAGGUCCUCUCACCAUCACUGUGGCUGAUCCACCCUCACGUCCACUCAACCCGAGAGUAUCUUUCACUCUAAAUCAACCCAGCUCCUCUAAUAUCACUCUGGACUGGGACUCCCCCUCCUCUACUGGUGGUGUGUCUGUCAGUUAUGUCCUCACCAUCUCCCUAACACCUCUCUCCAAGUCACCAGUCACCGUGGGGACCACCUCUGGACAGAUCACCGUCUCUUACAACACUCCUUACAAUAUGACCAUCAGAGCUGUUAACUGUGCUGGAAUGAAUGAAACUUCAAUUGUGGAUCUAAUUGUGUGCCCCACACCGUUUACUGCUGCUGGGGUGACCAUCACCAACACACCUCCUGUCACUAUUGGUGGAUCCAUGCUCUCCUUCACUUGUAGUGGAGACAAUGAAGUGAGAACCUCAACCUGUGGCAGUAGUGGGUGGUCUCCUGAUCCUGGGACCUAUGACUGCAGAACAGUUACCUGUGGCUCUCCUGCCACACCAUCCAGAGGUAAUGUGGACGUCAAUGGUGGGACACCACCCUUCUUAAUAGGCUCACAGGUAAUCUACCGCUGUGACGAGGGACUGUUCCCCCCUGAUGUGAGGACCAGUACAUGCACUGAUGUGGGGGGUAGGGGAGAGUGGGUGGAGAAUCCUGGGAGCUUGGUGUGCAGGGAGAGGCCAGUCAACUGCACUGUACCUGUUGUACCAUUCAACGAUACUAUUACAAUAACAAAUGUCAAUGGUAUUGUAUUCAACUAUGAGAUGUUGAAUGAGACAGUGUUGGAAGGAACAGUGCUGACUUACCAGUGUAACAAUGGACUCUCACUGACUGAACCCAACACCAUCACUUGCACUAAUGCUGGAGUGUGGAGCAUUGAGCCUGAGGAAAUAACGUGUGUACUGACUGAAGGUACUGGCAUUGGACCUAUUGUAGGUGGUGUUGUUGUAGGUAUAUUGGUGGUAGUGUGUCUCAUAGUCAUUGUGGUGGUUGCCCUGUUCUUACUGAGGAGGCAGAAAUCAGACGAGUUCAGAGAAGAUGUGGUGGAGAUGUCGGGACUUCAGGGAGACUACAGCGAGCUGAGGCACGAUGGCCCAAGGAAUGCAAAGAAAGCCCAACCUCCUGACUCUGAGGGUGACUCUGAGGGUUACAGCAGAGUUAAUCGUAGCCCGGAUGCUGGGGCACUGACUUACGAUGAGGUGGUCCUCAACUCAGACAAUAAGAUAGGAAUCAACUCAGAAGGCUACAGUACAAUGAACACUGGACAGACUCAGAGACUACCCGGCUAUGGACAGCUCGGCAAUGUGGAUACAGUGGAACCAGUGGUGUAUGCUGCCCUUAGCUCCAGCCAGUCCCACAAGAAAGGCAAAAACACGACUGCCACAGUGGACCAACACCAGGUCACCUACGCCACUGUGGAUGUUGCUGCCACCAGUAGGAAGCAAGCCAAAGCAGCCACCCUCCCAGCCAGCCCAACAGCCUCAGCCCCAGCCCUGCCUGAUGUGGACAAGCUCCUGGACAUUGACCAGGCCUUGGUCCAGAUCAGGUCAAUGGACCACAAAUGGAGGGAGCUGGCUGAGACUAUGAGGCUGCCUAAAACAAUGAUUGAACAGAUUGAGGAUUCGUGUGGAGUCAACCAUGGUGGCUGUCUAACGGAGGUGAUCGACCAAUGGAUGAGGGGCUGUUCUGGGCGACCAACCUGGAGGGAGCUGGCUGGUCAUCUCCAUAAUAUUGGAGAGGAGCAGCUAGCAAAGGAGCUCAUAAAUAUCUACGAAACUGGUCGCCUCCCAGUGGAGUUGAACAUGAAGGCAGUACCAAGUACCGUGUACAAGUACGACCGAGCCCCUCCCCCUCCCCUCCCCUCUCGAUCCCCCACCAUGACAGAUGACGGCCCCGGAUUACCAAAGGCACUGCCUCCCUCACGUCCUCCUAAACCAACUAUUGAGAUAGUUCCAGCCCGUCCCCCUAAACCAGCCCCUAACAACGAACCCCCGGCACCUCCACUCCCUUCUAAGCACUACACCAAGCACUAGGUGUGUGGUACGGAAUUAAAACUAUUUUUAGUACAAGAAUAAACUCUCAAUACAUGAAAUCAUUUUUGUUAGUUUACCCCGGAUUUUAGCCACAAUCAUUUAAUUGUCAGCUUACAUGUUUAACAUGUCAGGAAAGUUUUAUUCAAGAUAGGUUGUUUCCUCUCAAUUCACUUUUUACCCAAGAAUUUUUUGAUCACUUAA